AUGGAAAUUACUAAAUUUAAAAAAGAUCUUGUAAAAUUAACGAAUAACAAUGUUAUCGAAAUUUUGAAAAGACAGGAACUAAAUCUAGACGAAAAUGAUUUAGAAAUAUUGAAAAAAUCAAAAAUAUCCGGAGCUAGUUUGUUGUCAUUCCAAAAUGAAGAUUUUUAUAAAGAUGGUUUGGCGACAGGUCCAACACUAGCAAUUAUGAAUUUCAUACAUAAAUUAAAAAAAGAAAAAACUGAAGUUACUGUUGAAUUUUUAUAA